UUUGUUUUGUGCGUUACUGUCAACUGUGUUUGUCUCUGAACUACAUAAUUACCAAGUACGCAAAAUUCAGUACUGAACACUGUAUAUAUGCUUCUCAAUCAAACAUUAAAAUGAAUAAAUAUGUAUUCUCAUUUGCUGCAUCUGAAUUUGUAAAUUUUCGUUGGAUUGAAUUCAAGUCCUUGGCUGAAAUUGAACAACUUAGUUAUUCUGUUAGUGAAUCUAAAGAUGAUUGGUUGAGGCCAUAUAUUGUAGUUGAAAUGGAAAAUGAUGAUUCCGUUUUGUCAAUUAUUAAACGUAGCGUUUUAAUUAAGUCUGCUUUUCAUUUAUGGUGUGAAGCAGCAACCUUAUCAGAAUUAAUUGAACAGGUUGCCAAUCUUCCUAAUGAGUUGAUAGAUCCUUAUUUAAAUGGUUGUGGCACUUUCAAAAUAGUUUUAAGUUCUGCUCAUAAGAAGCUCAAACAAGAGGAGAAAAUACCUAUAAUAGAAACUAUUCUUGAUGCCCAUAAGAGGAUUGACGCUCAAGUUUCUUUAUCAUCCCCAGAUCAUCAAAUCAACAUUCUUUUAGAAUACACCCCUAAGAACCUUGGAAAGAAUACAAUUAAUUCUGGGGGUCAUUUGUGUCGACUGUUAUAUGGACGGUUAAUUGGAAGUAGUAUAAGGAGAAAUAUGAUGAACGAUUAUCGUCUAUCAGAAAGAGCUCACUUAGGCAAUACAACUAUGAAUGUAACAUUAGCAGCAAUAAUGGCUAAUGUAGGACUUUGUCAAAAAUCAUCUUUUGUUUGGGAUCCUUUUAUUGGUACCGGAAGUACAGUUAUAGCAGCUUCUAUAUGGGGUUCAUUUGGUGGUGGUUCAGAUAUAGAUUAUUCUGUACUUCAUGGAAUAGGAAUGUCUCCAAAAGCUGGUCAAGAAAGACGUUGUGGUGAAACAUUACGAUCGAAUUAUGAACAAUAUAAAUUGGAAUCACGUUAUUUAGAUGUUAUGGUAGCUGAUAUAGUAUCACUACAUAAAUUUUUACGUAUUCCACAUGAUGGUUUAUUUGAUGCUAUAAUAACUGAUCCACCAUAUGGAUUUCGUGAACGUAGUUGUAAAGUAUCAGAUCAACCAGUUGAACGUAAACCUACUCUUAUCACUAAAAAUCGAUUAGCUGAAAUUAUGGGUGUAAUACAUAUUGGUGAUAAAAAUCACAAUGGGAAUAAAGAUGAAGAUGAAGUUGAUGGAGAAUCUUUAGUUCUGGUACCACAUGACUUACCGCAUUUCCCACACAAAGAAGUAUAUCCAGUUAAUAAAAUCUACAAAGAUUUAAUGGAUUUAGCAGCUUAUCUUUUAUAUCCUAAUGGACGUUUAGUAUUUUGGAUACCAGUAUUACGAUCAGAAUUUAUUGGUGUAAAAUCUUUACCUUAUCAUCCUAGUUUUCGUUUACUUGCAGCUUGUGAACAGACUUUAAAUACACGCAAUUCAAGGUACAUGGUAGUAAUGAUGAAGUUGGAGUCUAAUCAACAAUUCAAUGAUCUAUCCAAUGAAAAUGAAGAUUUAAUAUUUCCAGCUGUUUAUGCUAAAUAAUGAUAUUUUUCUAAUGUUCUACCCUUUAUAUAUUUAUUUCUCCAGUUGUAAAUGACUAUUGAUUUUUUAUAUAUUUUGAAUAUAACUAACAUUUCUAUAACCAUCA